CACAUUACAAUGUCUCACCGAAGUGGCUCAUCACCAAAGGGGAUAAUCGAUAACCCAUUCUUUAUGUUGAAGGGCAUGCAACAACAAUUUGAGCAAUUGAACAUGGGGUUAGGGGAAGUGAGGAAUAGGAUUGAUCAGCAAGAAACAGCGAUUAGAAAUUUGCAAUGUGAAGAUUUGACGACAAAUCUUUUUGAGGAAAGGAGGAAUGAUGAGAAUCAAG